AUGGAAGAUUGCACCGGUAUUGUUAGCAAUAAAACAGUAGAAAUGAACGACUCCGAAAUUGUAAGCCCCGUGUACAGACCAAUAAAGUUUUACCCCAGUGACAGUGACGAAGAUAAUAUAGCAAUUGACGCUGAUUUAAAAAAACCACCGGAGUAUGAAGAAAAGGAGAGUGAACAAGAGGUCGAUGAAGGUGAAUUCGAAGUGGAGGUGUUUGAUAACAAUGUUUUCAACCACCGCGCGUUGAGCAAAUACGCAACUACGUACGAACUGGAGAAAUUUGAGAAGAACGUUUUGAUAAUCUUCAAUCAAGAGAACAUUUUUGGUUAUAAGCCGAGAUUGGGCACUGAACAGGACGUUAGAGAACUGGAGAGCACCUUCUCGAGAUUCGGUUUUGAAGUGGAAAUACAUAAAGAUUAUACGAGAGAGGAAAUCUUUCAGGUGUUGGACAGUUUUAAAAGGCGAGAUUUCACCGACUAUGGGUGCGUGGCGAUCGCAGUUUUGACCCACGGAACAAGGGACGGCAUCCUGAGAGCCAGAGACCAGCAGCUUACGGAGUUUGACAUCAUUGAUGCACUGAAAACUCAUAAUAAGCCUACGUUGAUCACAAAACCUAAAUUGCUUAUUAUUCAGGCUUGUAGGGGAGCGAGGGAUAUUCAAGGAGUUGUAGUGGGGAGGAGUGCUAAAAUCAGAAGGGAUAUUGAUGAUGACUUUAAUCCAUACACAUUACCGGUGGAAGCUGAUAUGUUUGUACUACACAGUUCAUACAUGGGGAACCCUUCGCAUAGAGAUGAAAUCAACGGCUCCUGGCUGAUACAGACGCUAUGCCACAAAAUAAAACAACUAUCUCCCAAACACGACCUGGAACAUAUCAUAAUAGAAGUAAAACGAGAAGUGGCAAUUGAUAAAUACCACGAAGAAUAUAACAGGAGAACUCUAGAAAUCGACACGAAUAAACAGAUACCAGUUGUGACAUCUACGCUUAUAAGAAAGUUAUAUUUUAAAAGAUUCGGAGAAGAGACGAAUGCUAUUUCGCAUACUGAUAGCAAUGUGGUUCAAUCUAGAAACGAGGUUUUGGAUGCGUCCAGCCCAGUGUCGCUGGAAUUCGGGCCGUGUUUGUGUUUUUUGGAUUACUACGCGUAUAUAAAGAAUUGUUUGCGAUUAUUCCUUGACAAGAAUCCAGAAGACGCAACGGCCCAAUCUUUCUUCGAGAUUUCGGAAUCGUUCGACGACAACUUUGAGUUCAACUCAGCUAAAGAGAAAAUGACGAAAGCCAUUUGCAACCAUUUAUCUAUAUACGCUAGGGACUUUGAAUUUUACAAGUAUCUAUAUAUAAAAACCACUGUGGAUAGGUUGAAAUAG